AUGAGCGGAAUUUCAAGAGCUCGCACCGGCUGUUGGACAUGUCGUGCGCGACGGAUCAAAUGUGACGAAACCCACCCAAUCUGCCGUCGAUGCGCGCGCAACAAUGUCCCAUGCGAAUACGGAGUCCGUCUAAUCUGGCACGAGGAAUCAUUAGCCCGGGGUGUCUGCCACGGCAGGGCGGGUGUAUGGUCGAAAGCUAAAGACGCGGGGAAGAAGAAAAAAGCGUUGGAGCAGGCGGAUGUUGAAAACAGAUUGUCGCUAAGACCGCAUGCGCGCGCUGAUCAGCCCUGGAUGUUCUUGAAUACGACUGUGAUCGAUCUCAAGAUCCAUCUUGAUGGCACCCAGCCCGAUUCAAAUGAAUUAAAGGCGUUUUGGGAGCCUGGUCCUUCGUCAUCUUGGCUGAAGGUGGCUCCUUCGGAUUCACCGAAGUCGGGUUGGGAGCCGGUGCUUAUGUCUUACUUUGAAGACGUUAUUUGCAGCAGCUCAACGCUUGUCGAUAAUGCACAUUACAAUCCAUAUCGAUAUCUGAUACUUCCCAUGGCGUUGCAGUGCCAGGGACUUUAUCAUGCUGCUUUGGCUAUCGCGGCUAAUACCCUGAAGCUGUCAGAUCAGAAGUACAGGCUUCCGGCAUUGGAGCAUCAUCAUCGAGCGUUGAGCCACCUGCGUGGUCUGCUGAACAAGCACAGUUGGGAGGAGAAUGAAUUGGAUGAAAUGCUAGGGUUGGUCUUGAUGUUAUGUUGGUUUGACAUAUCAGACAGUAGUCGCCCUUCGUGGGUGACCCAUCUGAACGGAUUCCAAGAUUUGAUUCGAACACGCACAGAACGCCCCGGUCGCUCAUCUCACAGCCACGAACUGGCCAGUUUCUUCAAUCGCUAUUUUGCCUUCCAUCUAAUUCUCGCUCGAACAGCGUUCCGUGUCACUUCACCUACGUCUCAUAGAGCCUACAUCCUACCGCAAAGUAUAAUCGAAGGAUCGGAUAUGAUAGAUCCAUAUAUGGGGUUGAGCCCUGCCCUCUUGUUACUGAUUGAUCAGAUAGCUGAGCUGGCGUGGGCUCGCGAGGAUGACUGCAUGGAUACCAACCGUAAGGUUGUGUAUCAACUCAAGGAAAAUUUGGAUACCCUGCAGCAAAAGGUACCUACAGAGAGUAUCGAUCCCAGCAUGGAAUGUGCUGCUAUCGCGGAAGCAAAUAGGCUGGGUGCCCUGCUGCUUUUGCAUGAGAUCUGUUCAACGAAGGUUCUAAGCCCGCCUGGCAUUCCGAUAUUGGAUUGCGAGGAGAAGAUUGUAUAUGUUGAACAGAUACUGGGGCUUUUGUCGGAGAAAAAGGCGAACAUGAUGCGGACUGCCGUCAUGCCCUUAUGGCCCCUGUUCCUGGCAGGUUGCUGCGCGAAUCGAGAAGAGCAAAGGGUUGUUGUGCUACGGUUGUUUGAGGAAGUUGAGAGUAUCCGUCGAUACGGAAAUAUCGCGCCGGCUGUCGAAGUCGUCGAAAUGGUCUGGCGUCAGCGGGAUCUGUCGGCGCAGGAUGAAAUAAAGCGUCAGAAAAAGAACAGCACACAACGGCAGAAAGAUUCUUCACAAGGGCCUCGUUUCUCGUGGGAACAUGCCAUGGUUAUGCUGGGUGGGUGGAAGCUCAGCUUGACUUGA